AUGGCUAGAGUCGAAACCAAUGAUACUAUAACUGAAUUAAUACAUCAACUUAAAUCAGGUGCAGUUUUAGUAAAACAUAAAAAUAAUGGAAAGAAAUAUUCUCGCCAAUUUUUCCUUCACGAACGUGAAGGUUACCUAACGUAUCAUAAAUCACGUAAAUUAAAGCGUAAACCACGAAUAUAUCACUUACAUGAUAUUGAUGAAAUCAGAACAGGUUUUGACACACACAUAUUUGAUGAACUUUUUAAACGUCGUAAAAUCAAAUCAACUGAUCAAGAUCGUGCGUUUUCAAUUAUAUAUGAUAAUCAUCGAAAAGGAGCACAUCUUCUUGCACCUGAUAUGAAAACACGAGAUUUAUGGGUAAAAGGUUUACAGCAUUUGAUCAGUCAACGUUUAAAUAAACGCCAACAUAAUCUGAUUGCAGAUGAAAAUUGGGUUUUAGAAUUUUUUCAUGCGGCUGAUAAAGAUAAAUCAAACAAGUUAUCAAAAAAAGAGUGUCGAAAUUUACUUGCAACUUCUUUAAAUGUUGAAAUGCCUGAUGAUGUGUUUAAACAAAUGUUUGAUUCAGUGCAUAAAGCUCAACGUGGUGUUUUGAGUUCUGCUGAAUUUUUAACUUUUUUUAAAAUGUUAACACUUCGUACAGACCUUUAUAAAAUAAUGAAAAAAUUUGUAAAAAUUGAAUCUCAACAAGCAAUGGAUAAAAUUUGUAUGGAUCAACAUGAAUUAUUAAAUUUCCUUCGGUUAACAAGAAAUGAUAAUAUGAAACAUAUCGAUAGUUUACUGGAAGCACAGAAAUUAAUUGAUGAAUUUGAAAUGAAUCAUGAAUUCAAACAAAAAGGUUUUUUAAGUCUUGAUGGUUUUCGAAAUAUGUUAUUAUCAAAACAGUUCGAUAUUACAGAAUCGCCAUCUUCUCAUACAAUAUAUCAAGAUAUGACAAAUUAUUUAUUCUACAGUCAAGUAUCUGGUGAUAGUAAUCCUGAAGCUUAUAAUCGAGUAUUAUUGAUGGGUUGUCGAGCAGUUGAAUUUGAUUGUUAUGAUGGCAAUGAUGGUAAACCAAUAGUUAAACAUGGUUUUACACUUGUAAAUCCAUGUUCCUUUGAAUCGAUUAUUUGUCGUAUAAAACCAAAUCUUUUCAAAGCUUCUCCUUAUCCAGUUAUUUUCAAUAUUGAAAAUCAUUGUUCACCAGAACAACAAAUAGAAAUGGCUCGGAUUCUAAAACAUUAUCUUGGGGACUGUUUGGUAACAAAACAUUUACCUGAUAAAAAUCCAUCAGUUUUACCAUCACCAGAAGAUUUAAAAUAUCGAGUUCUUGUUCGUAGUGUACCACCAACAUCAAAAAAAUCAAAUGUUAAAUUUCAACAAGAUGAUCAAGAUUACUCAAGGAAUUCAUCAAAAGAUGAUGUUGAACCAGAAUUAUCUGAAUUAUUUGUUUAUUUUAUGAAUGUUCGUUAUAAAGAUAAUAAUUAUGCUAAAAAUAAUUAUACACCCUUUCAUUCAUCAUCUUUGGCUGAAAAAACUUUUCUCAAACAUGCAGAAGAAAAUCCACUUGAUUUAAUUUUACAAACAACAUGGCGUCUUCUUCGUGUAUAUCCUGAUGGUUUAAGACAAGAUUCAAGUAAUUUAGAUCCUGUAAUUUCGUGGAAUUUUGGUAUACAAAUGGCUGCUUUAAAUUAUCAAACUGAUGAUGACAUGGUUGCAUUAUGCUAUGGAAAAUUUCGUGAUAAUGGUUGUUGUGGUUAUAUACUUAAACCAGAUUAUUUAAUUAAUGCGCAAAAAACAAAAUUUAAUCCAUGGGAUUGUCCAUCUAAUUUUGAUGAACCUUUAAUUUUAAAAAUAACAAUAAUAAGUGGACAAUUUUUACCACGAUCACAUGCUGAAUCUAAAGAUAUACCUGAUCCAUAUGUAAAAGUAUCAAUACAUGGUUUAUCAUAUGAUCAACAUACAGAAAAAACACAAUUCAUUGAAAAUAAUGGUUUUAAUCCUAUAUGGGAUGAAACAUUUGAAUUUCGUAUAAGAUAUCCUCAAAUGGCUCUUAUUUACUUUACUGUUCUGGAUUAUGAUCCAAUGUCGGACGAUGAUAGACUUGCCUAUUUUAGUGCACCAGUGACAAUGAUACAACAAGGUAAGACAUACCAAACAAAUUUUUUUAUUUACAGAAAAAGCAAGAAAGAAAAACGACUUUGUUCAUGGAUAUUUUACUGUUAUUCUCAACAGAGUAUUCAGAAAAUCAUUGAUCAAAUAGUUUUGUCAUAGACAUUUGCUGUUUCAGUUAUAAAAGUUUCUUUUGCUUUAAAUUAGGUGCGAGUGUACUGAAUUUUUAUUUAUAUAAGUGAUUUUCGAUACUAUUCUGCAAAAUCAUGACAUUUAUUAAUUGCAAUACAAAAAUUUUGCUAUUUUGAUAAGAUACACACAGAACAUUAUACAGCGUCUUCUUUCUUUUUAAUUGUGUAGAACUCUACAAGUCUUAAUUAAUCACAUGAAAAUAUCAAAGAUAAAAACAUUAUCAACUUUUUGAAUUACUUGUAUCUUAUAAAAGUAGGAAAAUUUUUGUAUUUCAAUCAAAGAUAAUAGCCUUGAUAACAUCAAAUAAAAUAGUAAAGAUAUAUGAAAACAAACUUUUAGUCCAUGAAUUUUUUUAGAAAUCAUGUAGAAAAUCUUUGACGAUCAUAAUUCGUUCAUAAAUAGAAAAUAUUUAAUCUAGUGUAAAAUACUGAUUUCUAGUCAAUUUUCUCUAAAAAUGCUUGUAAAUUUGUGUUCAUUGAAUGUUUCAUUAUUACAUGCAAAAGCUAUGAAAUGAUUCUGCACAAGUCAGUAACAACAGUUUUUCUAUUCUAUCUAUGUUGCAUAUCCAUAGAUUUAUUUCUCAGAGUAUCAUACCUAUUUGUUUGUCAGAAGAAUGGGAUUUGAAUAAAACAUGCCAUUCGUACGCAUCAUUUCAUUUUUCAUGAUUUUGCUCAUUUAUUUUUUUUCUUCUUUUUCUUUUAAAUCUAGGUUAUCGUCAUAUUUAUUUGAGAAGUAAUAACAAUGAUGAAACGCAUUCAACUUUAUUCGUUAAUAUUAUCAUUCAAAAAGAUCAGAAACAUGGUGCCGAGCAUAUAAUUCGUACACGUUUUUAAAUCUUUUCUCUUUUUUGUAUUCUUUUAAUAAUUGCUAUAUUCAGUUUUUUUUCAAAACGAUUAGAAAUUUAUAGACAUCCUCGUUUAUUUAUAUUUUGAUCAAGAUCUUUUGUUUCCAUAGAAAUUCAAAAUGUUUUUUUAUGACUUAGCAAUAAAACACACAAAAACAAAAAAAACAAAUAUCUUUCAGCGAAUAUAGGAGUUGGUGUUUGAACAUGUGGGUGUGGGUGGGUGUGGGUGUGUGGGUGUGGGUGUGGGGUGUGGGUGUGUGUAUGUGUGGAUGUGGGUGGGUGUCGGUGUCGGGUGUGGGUGUGUAUAGGUUAGUCAUUCUCACCCCGCACACCCACACCCCACACCCAUACCCCACACCCCCACCCCCCACCCACACCCCACACCCACACCCCCCACCCCCACCCUAGAUUUCAUGUUUCCGUUCCUUUUC